GGCUGGCCGUGCAGCUGGAAAUGGGGCGGGCUGGGAGCGUGUUGCCCGAUGGCAGCUGCCUGGGGGCGCCUAUGGCCUCAUCCAUAAAGCCGACGGUCCCAACGAAGGGGACGCCACUCGACGGCGGGUUCCUCCUCCGAACUGCGGCGAAGCGUAGGCACCUUGGAAGAACUCCAGAGGGACUUAGGAGCUGAGUUGAAACCGGACAGUUGAAGGCUGGCGUGGAGGCGAGGACGGAGGACGGCGCUUCCUCGCAGCCGCACGAGCUGCGCUCGGUCUCUUCUCCAGUACCUAUUCCAGAUAGAUGGAGUUCAACUUGCUCACUGACUCAGAAGCCCAUAGUCCCCAUCUCUCCCUCUCUGAGUCUGGGACACCACAACAUGACCACGGCUGCAAAGGGCAAGACCACAGUGACACAGAAAAGUCCCAGCAGAACCAGACUGAUGACUCCAAUCCUGAGGAUGGCUCCAUGAAAAAGAAGCAGCGAAGACAGAGAACUCACUUCACCAGCCAACAACUCCAGGAGCUGGAAGCCACUUUCCAGAGGAACCGCUACCCUGACAUGAGCACCCGAGAGGAGAUUGCUGUCUGGACCAACUUGACGGAAGCCAGAGUCCGGGUGUGGUUUAAGAACCGCAGAGCCAAAUGGAGGAAGCGAGAAAGGAAUCAGCAAGCAGAACUUUGUAAGAACAGUUUUGGAGCCCAGUUCAAUGGACUGAUGCAGCCUUACGAUGAGAUGUAUAGCGGCUAUUCGUAUAACAACUGGGCUACCAAAGGCCUUGCUACCAGCACUCUGUCAGCCAAGAGCUUCCCCUUCUUCAAUUCUAUGAAUGUCAACCCCCUCUCAUCACAGCCCAUGUUCUCAGCACCCAGCUCCAUUGGGUCCAUGCCCAUGCCCUCCUCCAUGGUGCCCUCAACAGUGACCGGUGUGCCAGGCCCAAGCCUCAAUAACCUCAAUAGUCCUGGUCUUAACUCUGCAGUUUCUUCCAGUACCUGUCCUUAUGCCUCCACAGCCAGCCCCUACAUGUACAGGGACACGUGCAACUCCAGCCUGGCUAGCCUGAGGUUGAAGGCUAAGCAACAUGCCAACUUCACCUAUCCAGCGGUGCAGACAGCAGCCUCCAGUCUAAGCCCAUGCCAGUAUGCUAUGGAUAGGCCAGUAUGAGGGACUAGACCCACCCCACCCCAUUAAUCAGGAACCUGGCCAUUAGCCAAACGAUCACACUGAAGCAGUCAGACCAAAUUCCAGGAAAAUAUGUUCAGUUGUUCUCGUUAUAAACUUUUGACAAUCUUUUUUUGGUAAAGUAAACACAAUUGCUCAUUGAAAGUACAUUUGGGAAAGAAGAACUUUUUGCCAGGCUGUGAGGUCAUGUUCAGUCCAGGGCUGUAAUGUGAUAGCGCCUCGCCUGCUCCUGCUCCAGUCCAAGAACAGGCAACCAGUUCAUGCAACGAUACAGAGAGACCCAGGGGGGAAACGGUGCAGCUGCUGACUGCACUCAUAAUGUAUAUCUGUGUGUCUCCCUCGUGUAUGUGUUACAUGGCAGCCCCCUGCCCUCAUGAAGCACUUGAAGGGGACCUAGAACACCAUUCUGGGGGGAAACAGAUGUGUGCAUUUAGGAAGGGUUACACAUGUUUAACAAAUGUUUACACUUUUACUUUGGGCACAAUGUUUUGUCUCUUCUUUUUUUCUUUGCAGAAUUUGGCAUUUUGUAAUCAGGAACUGGUAAGGGAAGAUUUGUUGUCAUAGAAAGGUGAAGAGUGUGUGAAGGCAGGGAUGACAGAGAGACUAUGAGUCAUGGGGAAGAUCUGGGGGCCAGCUAAAUAAAGAGAUGCAUUUGGGCAAUACUACAAGAUUCCCUCCAGAUUUACGCUUGUUUUUAAGACUGCAGCACAAGCUGCCAAGAAGUCACCAAGAGCUUUGACAUUAGCAAACACCAACAACUGAGAGCCAGUAAGGGGUCUUAAACAAAAUAGUUGCAUGAUCUUCCAGCUCCGCAGGACACCCCUUUAAAUGGAUCAAGGCUUAAUAAGAUCCUAAGAGUAUGAGAAACGUAAGAAGCUGAUUUAUUGUCUACACUGAGUGGCCACAGCUCCUUUAGGGUUUCAGACGGCUAUCUCCCAGCCAUACCUAGAGAUGCUGAGGACUGACCUUUUGCAUGAGAAGCACCUGCUCUACGACAGAGCCAUGGCCCUUCCCUUAAGAAGGAAAGAGUGACAAGAGAUUGUGCAUACAGAACAUUCCCUGUUAGAAUUCCUUUUCUUCCGGGCAGGAGUUAAACAGUAUCCACACACAGAGUCCUGUUAUUUUCCUUUUGCAAUAAACAGCCCUGUCAUGCUCCCACAAUAAAUCCCAUUAAAAAUAAAUAAAAGAAGAAGAAAUCUUCACAAUCUUUAUACAUGUCUAUUUAUUGCAUCAGCUACAUGAAACUACCAUCCUUUUUCUGAACAUGGAAAAACUA